UAUGUCACCACUCACCUUCUAUUUCAUAACCCAUGUCCAAACGCACCCUUAACAUUGUACGACCCUGUCCUGUUCUCUCUCUCUCUAGCAGCACUGAUUGCUUAGCUAACCACCGAUUUUCACACAUAAAUCCGUCACACAAGACUCCAUUCAAACCACUUACAUCCAAAUUCCACCAAUAUUUCAUCAUCCACAUAUAAAUCGGCCAUGAAUUCCUUCACAAUUUACCCCUAAAAAGUUAAACAAAUACAGGAUUAACAUAACCACAAUAGAGGAAAAGAGAUGGCGGAUUUGGAUCAGUUAUUAGCGAAAAAAGUUGCUGAUCGAUACUUAAAGCGUGAGGUUCUUGGAGAAGGUACUUAUGGAGUUGUGUACAAGGCCAUUGAUACUAAGACAGGACAAACUGUUGCAAUAAAGAAAAUUCGUCUCGGGAAGCAGAAGGAGGGGGUGAAUUUUACCGCUCUUAGAGAAAUAAAGUUACUGAAAGAGCUUAAAGACCCAAAUAUAAUAGAGCUGAUUGAUGCUUUUCCUCAUAAAGGGAAUUUGCAUCUUGUUUUUGAGUUUAUGGAGACUGAUCUCGAAGCUGUUAUUCGCGAUAGAAACAUUGUUCUUUCACCCACUGAUAUAAAGUCGUACCUGCAAAUGACAUUAAAAGGACUUGCCUUCUGUCACAAGAAAUGGGUUUUACAUAGGGAUAUGAAACCGAAUAAUCUUUUGAUAGGACCUCGCGGGCAAUUAAAACUUGCGGAUUUUGGGCUGGCAAGAAUAUUUGGUAGUCCUGACCGAAGGUUUACUCACCAGGUUUUUGCUCGAUGGUAUAGAGCACCCGAGCUAUUAUUUGGUGCAAAACAGUACGGUCCCGGGGUUGAUGUUUGGGCUGCAGCUUGUAUAUUUGCAGAGCUUCUUUUACGCCGCCCUUUUCUGCAGGGUAGCAGUGACAUCGAUCAAUUGGGGAAAAUCUUUGCUGCAUUUGGGACUCCAAAAGAAACUCAAUGGUCAGAUAUGAAAUAUCUCCCUGAUUAUGUCGAGUACCAGUUUGUCCCCGGGCAACCGCUUAAAACAUUGUUUCCAAUGGCUAAUGAUGACGCGUUGGAUCUGUUAUCCAAGAUGUUUUCAUACGAUCCAAAGGCUAGAAUUUCAGCACAACAGGCAUUAGAGCAUAGGUACUUCUCAUCUGGACCGCCACCUACUGAACCAGCAUCGCUUCCGAGACCGCCACCAAAAAGGGAGUCUGUAGAUUCAAAGCCUUCAGAUUUUGGUCCAACUGUGCUAUCACCUACAAGAAAGUCGAAAAGAGUGGUGUCGCACCCUGAAGGAUAUGUUGAGAAGGUUGAUGACCAUGGCGUUGGUAAUGAACGAAGUGGGCCCGUCCCAAUGUCGCUAGAUUUUUCGGUCUUUGAAGCAAGGCCUCCAGCUAGACCAACAAUUAACAGUGCUGACAGAACUCAUCUGAAAAGAAAACUAGACCUUGAGUUCCUAAUCCCUGAAGAAGAUGAAGAUUGAUGAAAUCUCGAUAGGAAGAUUAUUUAAUCGAUAACAUAUAUUCUUGUUGAACAUUCGAUUUUUUGUUUUUUAAGAUUGAGCUGAGUGAGUCGGUUUAUGUUGUAGCAGAGAGAGGCUUGGGUUUUGGUAAGAAUGCAGCAGUAGAACAGUAACAUGAUUAUUUUGUGCUCGAGAACUAUGGGAUAUGUUUAAUUUGUGUUGCUCAAUUGUAAAAACAUCAAAGAAGUCGGUCCAAAGUUAUACAAUAUGGUUUGUAUGCAGUGUGCUAUACCAGUUUUGAUCUAA